CAGUCGACAAGAAAAAAAUAAUUGUUAGUUGUUUUCAAGUUACAGGCUGUGGCGGUGUGUGGAGUUUUAAUAAUAAACGUGUUUUGUUAUUGUAUUUUUGACAUGUAAAACCAUCAAACUUAAAAGUGUUUUUGUUUUGUUUGGUGUUUUAAAUGUUUUGUUUUAACAGUUAAAAUAUUGUGCCGAUUAUUAGAACUAUCAAAUAAGUACUUCGACGAAAAAUAGGAGUACCCGUCCAAAGGAAACAAAAGGCUUUAAAGUGACGUUGUUUUGUGUGCCUCGACAAAAACGAUCAUCUCAGAGCGAAAGCCGUGAUGGGAUGAUCGGCCUGCAAGAAUGUGGGCCCGCGCCGCCUAGAGCGCCGCUCUCAACAGCAGCGCCACCGACCGGCAACAGAAUUCGAGACAGAACCGCCCAGGCUGUAGACUACUAUAACACUCAUGUUCAUCGAGCUUGGAAUAACGUGGGACUCACCAACAAUAGGUCUUCCUUCAACGACAGGCAUCAUCAUCAUCCAGCCCCCAGGAAACCACAACUGUAUGCUCCCGAGCAUCUCUGCCGCAGCAAUUCUAGUUUAGAACUCCUUGAACAUAACGGUCGACCGUCGAAUUCGAACUCUCCUCUCUUGAAGAGGGAAUAUGGUAGUCACGGAUCGAUAGACGUUAUUGAUAGGCAACAUCCAGGAAUACAGGUUAACAAUGAAUUCUUCAAGAUGUUGCAGGACUACAGACCUGCAGGUUUGGUAAGCAUCGAUCAACGUUCACCGGGACCCUCGGAGUACCUUCGGGGCAAGGUAGAAGGAAAUGCGGAUGAUCAAUCAGCACAAAGCCCCAAACAAAAAAAUAGACUAAAAAAACAUUUCUGGGCGAACGGUAGUGUCCCAUCUAAUAAUUCAAAAAUAUCGAAACAGACUAUGGAUGACAGUGUAGUGAGUAGUAGUUCUUCGGUAUGUGUUUCCGCCGAAAGUGAGGAAAUCGCGAGGAGACGCGCUUUUACCCAUUACGAUUGUCAAUCAUUGACUACAAAUUUAAAUUACGCCGUUAGAUUGAGGAAGAACCUGUUAGCCAAAAGGAGGAAUACAGCUACAGGUGCUUCAGCUGCUUCUGUGAUGGUCCGUUCUUCCACGCCGGAUGGAGAAAACGAGGACGAUUGUGGAGAUGGUCAACGAAACGAUCUAGUGGAAAAUUGCCCGUUUUUCAGAAACGAAAUCGGAGGAGAAGAAGAAAGAAUAGUCAGUCUAUCAAGAUUACAGAAUGGACAAAACCGAAAACCUCUUCAUCGUCCUCCUUUGGCGUAUGGCGUGGCUGUUUUAGAAUUUCCUUCUGGCGAAACUCACUGGAGACAUUCGACUUGUCCUUACCAAAGGUUUCCUAGACCAAUAGAAAAUGUUGAUCAAGGUGCGCUGUAUUAUAGGAAAUUCUUCGUCGGACAAGAGCACCAGAACUGGUUUGGAAUGGACGAACAGCUCGGACCUGUGGUCAUAUCCAUAAAACGAGAAAAAGUUGUACAUCCUGAGAAUCAAAUAACAACAACACUUAUACAAUAUCAAUAUAGGUUAGUUGUGAGGACAUCAGAACUCCAAACUCUCCGAGGAGCCGUCUUGGAAGAUGCUAUUCCGAAUAUUAAAUCUUCCAGUAAUCCAAAAACUCUCAAUACCAAAGAAGUACUCGAAUAUGUAGUUCCAGAAAUUCAAUUAAGUUGUUUGAAGCUCGGCAUACAAAAUCAACAUGUCACAGAACAAAUUUUGAAAUUGGACGAGCAAGGUCUUACCAAUCAUUAUAAGGUGGGUAUAAUGUAUUGUAAGGCCGAUCAGAAUACAGAAGAAGAAAUGUACAAUAACGAAGAAGCAGGUCCUGCCUUUUUGGAGUUUUUAGAAACAAUUGGACAAACAGUGAGAUUGAACGGAUUCGAUAAAUACAAGGCUGGAUUGGACAACAAAACCGAUUCGACAGGACUGUAUUCAGUAUACGCACAAUACCAAGAUUGUGAAAUAAUGUUCCAUGUAUCAACGAUGCUUCCCUUUACACCAAAUAAUAGGCAACAGCUACUUAGGAAACGACACAUUGGCAAUGAUAUUGUGACCAUCGUGUUCCAAGAACCUGGUGCUUUACCUUUCACUCCAAAAGGUAUACGAUCUCAAUUCCAACAUGUUUUUAUAGUCGUACAUGCUAUAAAUCCGUGUACGGAAAAUACUCAUUACAAGGUAGCGGUAAGCAGAUCUAAAGACGUCGAAGUAUUCGGUCCUCCUAUAAAAGAAGGCGCCAUAUUUCCUAAGGGUAAAGUUUUUGCUGAAUUCUUGCUUGCCAAAGUAGUGAACGCCGAAAACGCUGCUCAUCGUUCAGAAAAAUUCGUAACGAUGGCAACGAGAACUCGUCAGGAAUACCUCAAGGAUCUAGUAAUAAAUUAUUCCACAUCGACUAUUGUCGAUACUGGACAAAAAUUUUGUGAGUGUAAUGAUUUAUUCGUAGCGAUAUUUAGCAGCAAAAAGAAAGAAAAAGUCCGUCCCCGGUUCAUACCGGAUUUAUGCCAAAGAGGUGCCAUUUUGUGGCAAGUAUUAUUAGAUGAUAGCGGACAAGGUCAGCAAAUUGAGUGUUUUCUUGGUAUCUCUUCGGAUACAUUCAUUUUAAUAGAAGAAACUUCGAGGCAGAUCGUCUUUGUAACGCCUUGUAAAUCUAUUCUGGGAUGGUCUCCACAAACGAAUAGUUUGAGAUUAUAUCAUCAUCAAGGAGAAUGCAUGACGAUUCACAUGAGGGACUCUCAUGGCGAUAGAGAUGAACUUAUGGAGAUUAUGGAUAGAUUGAAAGCAGUUACUUCUGGACAUGUUGCACAGGAAUUAACCAUAAGAAAGCUGAAUAGCGAUGGUCGGAACAUCAUGGGUCAACUGGGCUUCCACGUUCAACCCGACGGUAUUGUUACAUUGGUAGAAAGUGCAGGUCAAGCCUGGCAGGCGGGUCUUCGACAAAACUCCCGAUUAGUAGAAAUAUGCAAGGUAGCGGUAGCCACUCUCACUUAUGACCAAAUGGUGGACCUCUUGAAAACGUCUAUUACUGUAACUUUGACUGUGAUACCACCUUUACCCGAUGGAACGCCACGCAAAGGAUGUACUCUUCAAAAUUGCAAAUAUAAUGAAGCACAUUACGAAGGGGAUUAUGACAAUACAAACAAUGAAGAAAAUAAAGGUAGGAAGGCUCCUCAAAUUCAACAAGCCGUUUCUGGUAAUCACAGAAGAAUUUAUGAGAGAAGCUUUUCACCUCCAAGAAGUAGUAAUAGUUCCGGUUAUGGUACCGGUAGUAGCAGCAAGUCUUUUCAUGCACCUGAAACAAGAUUUCAAAAUAAUAUAGAGGGUACCUUAACAAGUUCUUCCAGUGGCCAUUCUGACGACAAAUGGUAUGAUAUUUUGCAAGAAUUCGAGGCGCCACCAAUACCUAUAAAGAUGAAUCAGCAUGUUUCUCGGUUACACCAUACCAAUAAUACUUUCCCUAGUACUCCAAAGCGUAGCAACUCUCAUCAAAACACACUUUUACAAACGCAUCAAAAUAAUCAAUAUUCCGUCCAACAUAAUAAGAUCCACAUCAGUAAUUCUUUGCCACUACAACACGUCAAUACAUCGCAGUCAUUAACAACUGCAAUUCAUUCUAAUACCGAGAUGGAUAUUUAUAAAAUGGAAAAGAAUAAUCUUAUCAAGCAACAUAACGAAAGGUUGAGACAAGAAAGUGACUAUAUGAGUGCUAGAGGUUCUAGUAGAUCUGAUUAUGCUACAGUACAAAGUUUAAAUAACGAUUUUAAUAGAGUAGCGCUCAAUGAGAGUCUUUCUACUGAUAGUUCUAUAAGUGAAAGGAUCAAUUUGAUUGGCAGCGAAGAAGAACUUUCUUCGGCUGCUGGAAAUGCAUCGCCCAGAUCUAGAAGAGCUGCUAAACAUUCAAAUUUGACUCAAAGUUAUAACCGCAACCAAAGUCCGAGAUCUAUGAAUGGGGAGGCAAAAUUACGUCCAGGUGUCACGUCUCGUAGUUCAAAUCGUAAUAGUGCCAAUUUAUCCACAAACUUCCAAGAAGAGCUUCUUCGUUUAAUCAAUCCUGAUAAUAUAGAAGCUUCUGCUGACCAAAAAAUAGUUAAAGAAACAAAAAAUCACUCAAGGGAGAAUCUUAAUAAUGCAUUAAGCGUUCACAAGACUCAACCAGAAAUUAUUUUGACAAUGGCUAGGCCCGCAACUGUUAUUUCUAACGCUAGUACUACCUCCAGUCCUCUACCAAAUGAGUUUAAGAGGACUCCAGAUGAUCUUGGUGCUUCUCACGUGCCUUUAGGUAAGUUGAAAACUAAUGUGAGUUUUCCUGACGAUUUCCCAUUGCCGGAAGAUGGGGAUUGGCCGAGUUUAGUUGACACGGCUACAAGUUUUAUGAACCAAGUAGGAUCCAAUUGUGAAAACAAUAAAGAAACAGAGAGAAACCGUUGUUGGAGCGACGAUGUCGUCAUUGACGCUUCUAUUGGAUCUACAGUAAGUUCGAGUACGAGUGUUCCAGAACUUCAAAGUCAUGUUGCAGAACUGGAAUCGAAAGUUAAUCUCGAAACAAGGAGAAGAUUGUCUUUGGAGAAUGAAGUACGUCGACUCAAGGAAGAAAACCGAAAAUUACAAGACCAGGCACAUGCAGCUGUACAACAACUCAGAAAAUUCACUGAAUGGUUUUUUAAAAACGUGAAAAGGCAGUAAAUUGCUAAUUUUUAAUGUUUUUUUACCAAUAUUAGUUGGGAAUUUUCUUUAUCUAUAUAAAUGUAUUGAGUAACAAUACUGGAAUAGCUGAAAUCUUGCAACUAUACCACAUUCACCAUUUAAUUCUUCGACGCACGUUUUAAUAACCAAAUUGUUCGUCUUCAGAGACUAAAGGCGACAGACAGUGUAAUUUUGACUGUUGCCGGAAUGGCAGUGAACGGUAAGAUAACAAUAUGGUAUUAUUUUUGAGAUGCUAUCCCUCACUAAAUGUAUUAACCAUAUAGAUUUUCAGUAAAUGAAUUCUAUGAAUCAAAAAUUUUCAACACAUUUUCAAAACUUUUUUGUUACCCUAAUCACACAAUCUUAAGACACCAAAAUCGUAUAGAUUUUGAUAAUGUUAGUUUAAAGAUACUUAACACUUUGUUAGGUGCAUCACUAUAAGAGGAUCUGAGAAAUUCAAAUGAUUUGAUAUAUGUAAAUGUUAAAUGCUACUUUUAGGUAAAAAUCUAUUGAACAUACUGUUUACACUACCAUUACAUCAACACUCACAAUUAAACUGUUUACCUUGGGUCUCUGAAAACGAUAACUUGGUUAUUGAAACGCGUUGUAUGUUGUGGUAGUGUAAACAGUGUGUUCAGUAUGAUUAUCACCAACGAUUUCAAAAAUUCCAACUUAAGUGAAAAUAUAAACUAAAGACUUAUCACUAAUGUUUGGCUACACUUGGAAUCAAAAAACUUUUUGAAAAAUUCUUAUUUUUCUUUUGCAAAAAAUAAGUUUAUCUUUCUUCAUCUAUUGACAUGCCGAGAUUAGAAAACUUCUCAAAUUAUCUUUUUACAUUAUAUAUACGUGAAGUUAUUUUUUCACCACAAAUUACACAUUGCAGAUAAUCCAUAAAUAAGUCAAAACAACAUUGGAGCUUUGAGUACUGAAUACUUUAGUUCUUUACUUCAAGGUAUCGGCAUUUUACAGAUCCACAACAAUUAACCAAGUGUUAAAUAAAAAAAUCCCAACUAUAUAUUGUUUAAAAUGUAUUUAUUUGAUACAAAAUAAUGGUUGCAGUAUGCAGCAGCCAUGUAUAUAUGUAUAAUUUUAGUAAUCUGUUUCUUUUAAAAAUUAUGUAUAAUAAUGUAUGUUAUAGUACAAAAAAGUUGUUUGUUUUUUUUUAAUUUAUUUUUAACAAAUGAUAAUCCAAUUUAACAAAAGAGCGCAAUGUUUAUAUAAUAAAAACAUUGCUUGCAUUAUUCAUUGUAUAGAAUCUUUGUCUUUAUUGUAAUUUUUACUAGUUACCACAAUAAUCAGAUUUUAGAAUAUCUGAAAAUAUUAUUAAUAGUGGCUUUAACUUCUCUUAAAACAAAUAUAAAGUGUUUCAUUUGCAAUUUUUAAUGAAAAGUUUGUUUUAAACUAGUGUUUUUCUUCGCAUUUAAUAGCUAGAAGUUGAUGGGAUAAUAAACUGUAAAUAACACUGUGACAUUUAUAUGCAUUUAAUUUUUUUAUUUUUUGAUUUUCAUUUUCGAAUUCUAAUUAAUUUGACCAAUAUAAAAUGUGCAAACUGUACUGUACCACUAAAUAUUCAUAGCGUCCAAACACUUGAGUCCAAAAAAUGUCUUUUUGAUUUUUAAAUGUCAUUCAAUAGAGAAUCGAAAGAUGCACCUAUAGACAACUGUUACAAAAGUCUUGAAAAAUAUAUGUUUAUAAACUUUCAAAAAAAUAUGUGUAUUAUGAUCACAAUACAUAAAAAGCACAAUUUUUUUGCUCUCCCGAAAAGUUGUCCUUCUGGUGAGCUCUAUUAAUAUUUUGGAGAUAUACAAUUUUGACAUGUCUUUUAGUAAUUUGUCUCUGGUCAAUAUUAUUUUAUUUAUUUAUUUGUAUAUUUUUCAGAAAAGAGAUGAUUUACUGUUUAUACUUUCGUGUAUGUUGAAGUACAAUAUGUACAAUGGAUUUUUGUUCUCUACUCUUUCUUAUAUUCCUCUACGGUUCGUUCUUUUUCGCAUAAAGUGAUAUUUGUGCUGUUUUUUAUAUUUAGAUGCUUUAAAUAAAUUCUACAUUUUUAAUAAAUUAUGGUUUUCUUGUUCCAUCCAGUAUCAGGUUUUCCAUUCUUUUCACUAUAUUCAACUUUUGGACCAGGACAAGUGAUCCAAAGACAAAAACCCAGAGUCUUUCUUUAACAAGUUGAGCUCCAGAGCGGUCUAUAGGCCCGUAACUGAACUUUCCCCGCAACCCAGAGCGGUCCUUGCGACUUAUUUUAUUUCAAACCUUCUCCGCGGCUCAAAGUACCGUAUUUAAAUGUGUUCUACAGGUACGGUUCAUAGGAUCGCUCUGGGGCCGGGGGAAAAACAUAAUUUUUUCGCACUUUUGAUUCCAUUUUUCUUUGAAACCACACCCCAUAUGGAGUGCAAACAUUUUUUGGGUUCAGGGGAAGAUUGAUCAAGUUUAGUUACUGCUCAAAGUGUUAAACUCAUUAGUGUUUUCUAAAAACUUCUAUUCAACCACUAGUUAGUUUGUUUGCUUCCUUUUUUGUGUUACCGAUACUUUUUCUUUGUUGAUUUCCAAUAUAAAAUAAUUGAAUACAUUUACUUGAAACACUUUAUAUAUUUAUUAAUAUUUAUACCUAAAGUGAUAUCUUACUAUUGUGCUACUUGAUUGAAUGUUUUAAAAUAAUAAGUAUUAUGUAAAAACUUGACAAGAGAUCUAACAGAUCAUUUGAAUUUGUUUUACUACAAAUUUAACGAUUAUUACUAUUUUUAAUCGUAUGCACGAUAUUCCCGAACUAUUCAAAAUAAUACUGAGCCGUUGUCAAUUUUGUAAUCUUGUUAGUUUUUUUAAAUGUAAUAUUUAGAAAUUAAGAUCGCGUUUCUUAUGAACCUAAACUCCAAUCUUUGCUUAAGGUGAAACUGUAUUUUGGAAAGUAAGCACUUUCAUUAGACCAAAGACAAAUUGAGACAAUUUUCCAUAUUACAAAAAUAUUUUGAGAGGCAGCUAGUUACAUGAGAUUGAUUCAUAACCCAUUUAAAUUAGUGGGAAACGUCGAAACAAGAGAUAAUAAGCUGGAUUUUUUUAUAUAUACCUUCAUGCUGGCAUUCUAAAAUUUGUCUCGAUGAUCUCAUUUCUCGGGCCAGUCUCUGUAUCAUAUCGGUUUCCAUUCAUCCAAAAAUGGUAAUAUAUAAAAUUAGUGACCAAUUUUAUUUUAAGUAUUUUUUCAUAUAAUCAGCCGUUUUGCGAUAGAUAUAUGUACUAUAAUGCAAAUUCAAUCUAUUUUGAAUGAUAAUAUUUACUUCGUAUUCCGCUUAACGCAUAGUUACUUUAACGUUUUUCUUAUUUAUUUACACUCUUUCUAUUCGUGGUGUGAAUUUAGAUUGUCAUUUUUUAAGUUCUUAAUUUAUUCUUCAUACUACACUUAACUAACUUGCUCAGUACAAUAAAUGUGGAAAAUUGUAAAUUUGUCAUUGGAAAAAUAAAGUGCAAAGAAAUAUGAUACACACGAAUUUUGCAGAAGGUAGCUACUGGAAACCUCUCUCAAAUUUCACCUUUUUGAAACGUUUUCAUAUUUUUGCACUUGAUUUUUUAACUCCUCGUCAUCAUCCUUAAAUAGUAUUAAUACUAGUUAGUAUUGGAUCAACUUUUCUCAUUCAUUUCUUUAGCUUUACCCAUUAGAAUGGUUAAAAUAAGUGAAAAUUGCAGAUUUUUAAGAAUAUAUUGUGACAUGAAUACACAGGGAGCUUAUAAAAAUAAUAUAAACAUGGAUGAAUUUUAAAGAAAAUUUGAGAAACCGGAUAUGCGUGUCGUCCAUCAGCCAUAUCUGUUUUCGAGUAUUCGGUAUUUGAAAAGAAUGAAGAUUUCCAAUUUGAAAAAAACAGUACAUGUAUGGUGCACGAUGUGAGCUCGAUCAAAUCUCUCUCGAUCCAAUGAAUCAAAAAUAUCUUAAUUCGCUUUAUUUCAAUCUUCAUCACAUGUGCAUGUUUGAUUUUACUGUAUUUUUAUAAAUCUGUUAAUGAUUCAGCUUUACAUGUUUACAAAGUAUAAAUUCAUGAAAUAUUUGAAACUGUUGUUUCAACACAUAAGUUAUUUGUUUCAUUAAUUUAUAUAAAAUAAGUCUUUCAUUAUAUUAGGCUGUUAAAUAUUUGUAAUUUGCUUCAGCACUGGUCGAUCUGCUACAUCCUCCCUGUAAUAUAUCGUAACAUUUUUCAGUCGAUUUCAUCCAUUUUCACUUUAUCACUGAAAAUGUUCAAUCAAAUUUCAAUAAUCUCAAUAUGAAAAAAGGCUUCUAUUCCGAUUUGUAAUUUUUAAUUACUUUUGUCAUUUGGGCUAAUCUAAAGCAAUAAAUGUGAUUGAAAGUGAAUUUAUUUAAAUUAUUAUCUAUCAAUUAAUUUAAAAUUUUCUGUUUAUGUAAUUAAUAAGUAUUAUUAUUGUUAAAUAUAAGUUGAAUAUUUUUAAGGAGCAACACCAAAUCAACAUUAUUCGAUUAAUAUUCUAGUUAUAGUUGAAGUAAUAUAUGAAAUUUUAGUUACUUGCAUUCCCGAGUGUUUUAAUAAUUUUUGUUGUGUUAUAAUUAAUUAAUCUGAGUUUUAUGUUUAAUAUCUGUGACCUGGUAGAUGCCUUAGAAAUUGAUAUGUUAGGAUUUCAGUAUACAAACUUUUUAAUGAAUUAAAAAUCUUGUAAAUGUUA